AUGAUGAAUGAUUAUUUUACGCCUGGAACUGGUUAUACCUCAAGAAAAUUCAAACAACGUCUAGGCAUGAGGGAAUACUUAUUCAAGAAAUUGUUAGGAAAAUUGCUUGAAGUUGAUCCAGAAUGGCAACAACGUCUAGAUGCAACCGGUACUAUGGGACAUUCUCCGCAUAUGAAAUUAGUUGUUGUGAUGAAAUGUUUAUGCAAAAGUACGGCAGCUGAUAGUGUUGAUGAUUACACUAAUGUUCAUAGGUUGCUAGCUGAGAAUGCGAAUCGAGAUUUUCCUGGAAUGCUUGGUAGUGUUGAUUGUAUGCAAUGGCCAUGGAAGAAUUGUCCGGUAGCUUGGCAAGGAACUUACAUGGGUAAAGAUAAAGAGAGUAGUUUGGGUGUAGCACCUCCAUGCAAUCAUGUCAUCAAUGGUCACCACUACAAUAUGGGUUAUUUCUUAGCCGAUGGUAUCUAUCCAAACUUGACUACAAUUGUACAAGCUUUCUCUCAGACAUUGGACAUUCCCGACUAUGUGAAAUUCAACAAGUAUCAAAUGGCUAAAAGAAAGGAUGUCGAGCGUGCUUUUGGAGUGCUUCAGGGUAAAUUCAGAGUUGUCGGAUCUCCAUUUAAGUAUUGA